CAACAACAAACUUUCUUGCAUCCACAAUGGCACUCGCCUAGCCUUUUAACGCGAUUUCCUUAAAAAAUAACAUGCAGUGAUUCUUAAUAUUGUCGCAGGUAGUGGUUCUUGCCUUUAGGCAGGACUUGUCCAUAUCAAUAUGGAUUUCGAGGUAUCACGCUCUUCUCAUAAUACAAAGUUUUUUUUAUUAGACAAUGGAAGCCUAUUGUUUAUUCAUCGUCUUGUUAGUGCAAUUGUAACCCCUGAUGCACUUCAUAUUAUUGCUUCAAGGGGUAGUAUCUCUACUACUGUCGCCUACAAUUGAUGAAUUAUUCACACCAUGUGUCGCCCAGUCGCGUUGGUAUCUUGCUGGGUAGAUGCCAACCCACCACAGGAUUGUGAACCUCCAAGAGGUUUCCACGUAGGAGCGUCGUUAGUCGAAAAAGCUAGUCAUCAUAACUCUCAACUCUUCACAGAUUUACCCCUAUAUCCUGGGCAGAACAUUACCGUCGGAAGAGAUCAUCACGAGAAUGCUAUCUCAAUCAAUCAUCCCUAUGUUUCGAAGAAGCAUUUCGUUAUUUAUUCAGUCAUCUAUGACUUGGAAGACACCUCAAGUCAACCUCCUCAGAUAUAUGUCCGAGAUUGCCAGUCUUUGGACGGUACAUAUGUCGAUGACGUCUGUAUUGGCAAUAAGAAAAACCCCUCAACAGGAUUCUACCUUAGUCGAGAUGUGGAAGUCACUAUCAAACCUCAUUGGAAAUUCCGCAUCUCCCUUUUAGAUCACCCCGAUCUAGAAUCACCGCUUAGUGCAAUUCAACUUCGAGAGUCCAGUCUUUUUAAUGAUCGGUACAUCAUUACCAACCGAACGUUAGGUAGUGGGUCGUUCGCAUCGGUUCACCUGGCUGUCGAUGUAAAUACAGGCAAGCAAGUUGCUUGCAAGAUACACAACCUCGACCGCCUUCGUGAGUCCAAAGGCUCAGAAUACUUAGUCAAGCGCGCAAUAGACGAAACUGACAUCCUCGGGAAGUUGAGACACCCAAAUCUGCCCACAUUUGAGUAUGCGUUUCGUUCUUCUCACACCCUAUACGCCCUCACCGAGCUCGCAACUGGGGGAGACCUCUAUUCAAUGCGCCUUAAACACGGAGUCUUCGAGGAAUAUGAUUGCAAGCCUAUUAUCCAACAGAUAGUGAGCGCUAUUCAAUAUCUUCACAACGGUAACAUCGCACAUCGAGACCUAAAACCCGAGAACAUAUUGUUCAUGAUUGGGCCAGAAUUGAACGGUAGACUAAUCGUUGGAGAUCUUGGCUUUGCAAAAUCUCUGGCCUCGGGCAGAAUGACUAGUCGAGUAGGGACUACACAUUAUAUAGCGCCUGAAGUCGAUGGCCACCCCACGCAUGGUUUGGCAGUAGACAUGUGGUCUCUGGGAAUGGUUACUAUGUUCCUUGUAGUAGCGGACCACAAUGCAAUACCUAGCAGGUUCGCAACGAUAAACCAAGCGGCCAUCGACGGAUGGCUUGACGCUGUGUUUAAGGAUCGGUACCACGAGGACAUCAGUAGUGAAUGCCAGGAUUUCAUUAGGUCGUGCUUGAUGUUUGAACCUCGACGAAGAAUGAAGGCUUCUGAUGCGAUGCGUCAUCGUUGGCUCCGCCGCCUAGGUAGAGGAGGGGCUAAAUCAUACAAGAAAGGAGAUGCUGAUACAUGGAAGCCACCACAUACAAUAUCACCACCCGUACAAGAACUUCCCGAGGUGGAAGAUAUUGAGGACAAUAUCCAACCAAGAGGGGACGACGCCGCCUACACGCCACCAACCACUAGGUCAGGUAAGAGACGAUUCGCAGAUGCGGGUGUGAGUGUGGGAAAUUCUCAGAAUCCGCAAGAAUCGCCCUACUUUGAAGGGUCACAGCCACAGGUCCCUAAGCGACUAAAGACAUCCGUCAAUGAAAACAGAUCCCUUCAUGGAUCUGAACGAUCGGAGCCGUCUAUCUAUACAACUCCAAAGGGGCAGCGUACGGCUAUAAUAAGGGAUCCAUACUCCAUUGAUCAAUGAGACCGGUUUUAAUACGCUAGUCGUUACACCUGGACUUUGUCAACCCGAGGUACUACUAAGGGUAUGCCGAGUAAGUCAAACAACCGCUUUCUACCAGCCAGCUUGUAUCAUCUUAUUGUCUACCUGGCUUGGGAAUGUAAUUUAAAGAAGAAAAAAUUAAUUGUAGAUUGCAAGUUAUUGAUCUCUUUCGCCG